AUGCUCUGUGGAAGUGUCGUCUACGAGAAACGCCUGAUUGAGCAGUACAUAAAUGAGAACGGAACUGAACCGGGCUCUAGCGAUGAACUCUCUACGGAAGACCUGUUGCCGCUGCAGUCAUCGCGUAUCGUGCGCCCGCGUCCGCCUACCCUGACCUCGAUCCCCGCCCUUCUUGCCACGUUCCAGAACGAAUGGGACUCCCUCGCCCUCGAGACUUACAACUUGAAGGAGCAGCUGUCCCGGACGAGAGAGGAGCUUGCCACGGCGCUCUACCAGCACGAUGCUGCCAUUCGUGUCAUCGCGCGACUGACCAAGGAGAGAGAUGAGGCCCGUGAAGCGCUCGGGAAAGUUACGGUCACAGAUAACGGUGCCAACGGGGAUUCUAUGGCUGUGGACACAGUGGAAGGCCUGCCCGAGGACUUUGCGACUGCUGUGGAUGAGACGCACGCGAAACUCUCCCAAGGUCGCCGGAAGCGUCCUGUUCCUGAGGGCUGGGCCACAGCUGAUGUUCUGUCUACGUUUGAGCCGCGAACGACAAACGCGCUCCCCGUUCCACAGGCUACAUCGUUGGACACAAGGGGUACUACCGCUGCCAUUGGUGGGCUCAAGGGCGACUUGGCCAUGUACCUGUUUGACUCGGACAAGCUGGGCCAGCAACUGUCGGUCGGAGAGCCGGUCACUGCUUCUCUCACGACAGAGAUCGGUGUCGUCUGCGCCACGGCCCAGGGCUCCGUCAAGGUCUACCAGGGAGACUCGCUGACCGCUGAAGCUUCGGAGCAUGCUGGCCCCGCGACCGGCCUCAGCCUCCACCCUGCCGGCCAGAUCCUGGCUUCGGUCGGGUCGGAUAAGUCAAUCGUUUUCUACGACCUUGCAUCUACGAAGCGCAUUAGCCGUGCCUACACGGACUCGCGUAGCGUGUCCGGCAAGAUCAAGCUCUUUAUGACCAAGACGCUUGAGCAGGCGGCCGAAUUCGACAUUGGCGCCCCGGUUCAAGCCUUGGUCUUCUCCGAGAAUGGUUUCUGGCUGGCAGCGACGGCUAAGGGCCAGACGACGGUGACGGUCUUUGACCUGCGCAAGGAGGGUGCUGCAGCGACAGCCAAGAUCCUCGAAACGGGUGGUGCUGUGCAGUCGUUGUCCUGGGACUACACAGGCCAGUUCCUUGCCACCGGAGGCCCCUCGGGUGCCACGGUGCAGCAGUACGCCAAGUCUAGCAAGAAGUGGAGCGAGCCUUUCCGCAGCUCUGUACCGGCCGUGGCAAUAAGCUGGGGUCCAUCUGCGCAAAAGCUGGUGUCUGUGAAUGGGGAGGGAGUUGUGACAGUCUUUGGCGUUAAGGAGUAA